AAAGUGGGCUCUUCCUGGUCCUCCGAUUUCGGCUCCAGGUUGGGGUCUCCAGCCCCAUCAGCACUGACGAGAAGUGUGUUGUUCCGUCUCUCGGGUUUUCAGAGACCUUCCGAAGAGGAGCAUCUCUCUCUCUCCGAACCGACGGUGCCGUGGACCAUCCAUGCCUCUCCUAACCCAGCACUUUGAGGACGAGGAUGGACAGUACUGCUUAGUGGCCAGCCUUGACAACGUUAGGAAUCUGUCCACCGUCCUAAAAGCCAUUCAUUUCAAAGACCACGCCACGUGUUUUGCUACUAAAAAUGGAAUCAAGGUUACAGUGGAGAAUGCAAAGUGUGUGCAAGCAAAUGCCUUUAUUCAGGCUGAAGUGUUUCAAGAAUUUAUCAUUCAGGAAGAUUCAGUUACGUUUCGAAUUAACUUAACUAUCCUUUUAGACUGUUUAUCUAUUUUUGGAUCCAGUCCUACGCCAGGGACUUUAACUGCACUCCGGAUGUGUUACCAAGGUUAUGGUCACCCUUUGAUGCUGUUUCUAGAAGAAGGAGGAGUGGUGACAGUCUGCAAAAUCAACACUCAGGAGCCUGAAGACACUCUGGAUUUUGAUUUCUGCAGCACCAAUGUUAUGAAUAAGAUUAUCCUGCAGUCAGAGGGGCUCCGAGAAGCCUUUUCUGAGUUGGAUAUGACCAGUGAUGUCCUACAGAUCACCGUGUCUCCUGAGAAGCCCUAUUUCAGGUUAUCUACUUUUGGAAAUGCAGGAAGCUCCCACCUUGACUAUCCCAAAGACUCUGACUUGAUGGAAGCGUUUCACUGUAAUAAGACCCAGGUCAACAGAUACAAACUUUCUUUACUGAAACCCUCUACGAAGGCGUUAGCUUUAUCUUGUAAAGUGUCUAUUCGGACAGAUAACCGAGGAUUCCUGUCACUGCAGUACAUGAUUAGAAAUGAAGAUGGGCAAAUAUGUUUUGUGGAGUAUUACUGCUGUCCUGAUGAAGAAGUUCCCGAGUCUUGAAUAAUUCAUUGUGACUAUGUGUGUGUAUUUAUAGUUGUAUUCUCACUCUGGCUGCAUAAUUCACAAUUUCAUAUCGGAGGCAUGUGUAUAGAGAUGCACAGAGAGGACAGGAGCAAGGUCCCAUAGUGUAAAUACUUCUAUUUUGUGAAUAAGUGUUUUCAUAUAGCUAUAAAUUAUCUGGCUUCCUUUACUGUUCUAUGACUGUCUUACUUUAGGGGUG